ACUUCCGGUGAAAGGGGAGAAGAUUUACUCUGAGCAGGCCCGUCGUUGACCAACCUGUGGGUUGUCGAACCGGGUCUUGGGGUACUAAUCAUGGUUUAGUGACAGUGAAAUAUCGCCCAAUCAACAGCUUUAAGUCAGCAGAUUACUUCCGCCUCGGACUUCGCUCCUUUCUGUGAGCUUUCACCGUCAGAGCCACAGGGCUGAGCGUUUACCGCGACGGGCAGCGCUAGCCAGCUAGCUUUCAGAGCAGUCACCCGAGAACCUCCGAAUUAGAUUCUGGUGUCUGUUCAACAUGUCAACCGCCGGGUUCAACUCCCAGAACGGGACCGGGACGGGACAGACGUACACGAACGGUCCGUCCCAGAAUCCCGUUGCUCUGCAGCAGCCGCUGGGGGUCGGCUACGGCGUGAAUCACCAGCCGACCUACAACCCGAUGCAGGCCAAAGUGUUGGGCCCCCCCGGCCCCGCUCUGUACGCUUCUGGGCCGUACCAGCCGGUUCCGCCCGGAUCGCAGCUCGGCUCCUACCCUCCGGCGCCGGCCCAGCCUCUGCUGACCCGGCCGCAGGUCGGCGUUCUCCCGUCCCACACCCCCCCUCAGUCCGCCAGCCCGGGCCCGGGGCCCCUGCCGGCUCAGGCCACGCCUCCGGCUCAGGCCACGCCUCCUCCUCCUGCUGUCACCUCCACCGGCUACUACACCGGCCCUCCAGCCUGGCAGUACGCUACUCCCCGGGGCCCCGCGCCCAAUCAUGUGAAUCCAGCUGCUGCUGCGCCGCCCCACAUUUCCCACAGCUCCGCCCAGCCGCCUGCGCCAGGAACCACGCCCACCUCCAUACACGGAUACCCUCAUCCAGGCCCCCCCCCUCCACCAAUGAACCCUCUGCCUCCCCACACAUACCAGCCCAACAGGCCCGGCUAUGGUCCUCCACCCACAGCGCCCCCUGCUGGGCCCCCAGGAACCACCGGCACACCUCCUCCUCCCAAAGCUGAUGGAGAUGUGGCAGGAAACGGCCCACAGGCACCAAACAGCUACAACCACGUUGACAGCAGAAUGGCUGGUGCAGCUCAGCCCGGCCCGCCUGCUCGGCAUUUGGGCCACUACCUGUCCCUGCCCCCCGGGUACCAGAACACCUCGGCGCCGCCUGCCUCCUCCCUUCACCCGGCGCUCCAAGCCGCCACGCAGCCGUACACACAGGGACCGCAGCCGUACCAACAGCCUGGCGGUCCCGGUCCGGCCCAGCUGAGCCCGUCGAUGGCGGCCUUGAGCCUCCAGUCCAGCACGCCGGAGGCUCUGAGAGUGGUCAACCUGCUGCAGGAGAGGAACCUGCUGCCGCCGGCGCCCGCCCCGACGCCCUGCCUCACCCAGGACCUGCAGAAGCUCAACUGCAGCCCAGAGGUUUUCCGUUGCACGCUGACCAGCAUCCCUCAGACCCAGUCUGUGCUGAAUAAAGCCAAGCUGCCGCUGGGCCUGCUGCUGCACCCCUUCAAAGACCUCUCGCAGCUUCCUGUGGUGACGUCCAGCACCAUAGUGCGGUGCCGGUCCUGCAGAACCUACAUCAACCCAUUUGUUUCCUUUCUGGACCAGAGGAGAUGGAAAUGCAACUUGUGCUAUCGAGUAAAUGAUGUCCCUGAAGAGUUUAUGUAUAACCCGGUCAGCAGAUCAUACGGCGAACCGCACAAAAGGCCAGAAGUCCAGAAUGCCACUAUUGAGUUCAUCGCUCCUUCAGAAUACAUGCUGCGGCCGCCGCAGCCGGCCGUCUACCUGUUCGUCCUGGACGUGUCCCACAACGCCGUGGAGACGGGUUACCUGAGCGUCUUCUGCCAGUCGCUGCUGGACAACAUCAACGCGCUUCCCGGAGACUCGCGGACCAAGGUGGGCUUCAUCACCUUCGACAGCACCAUCCACUUCUACAACCUGCAGGAGGGCCUUUCCCAGCCGCAGAUGCUCAUCGUCUCUGACAUCGAAGAUAUCUUUCUACCAACACCAGACAGCCUUCUAGUAAACCUUAACGAGUGCAAGGAGCUUGUGCAGGAUCUGCUGAAGAGUCUGCCGACCUUGUUCGAGAAGACGAUGGAGACGCAGUCUGCUCUGGGCUCGGCUCUCCAGGCCGCCUUCAAGCUGCUGUCUCCCACCGGAGGCCGGAUGUCCGUCUUUCAGACGCAGCUGCCCAACCUGGGCGUGGGGGCGCUGCAGUCCAGAGAGGACCCCAACCAGAGAGCGUCUGCCAAGGACGUCCAGCAUUUAUCCCCAGCAACAGAUUUCUACAAGAAGCUGGCGCUGGACUGCUCCGGCCAGCAGGUGGCAGUCGACCUGUUUCUGCUCAGCGCUCAGUACUGCGACCUGGCGUCGCUUGGAUGCAUAUCCAGAUACUCGGCAGGGAGCGUUUAUUACUACCCCUCCUAUCACCAUCAGCACAACCCGGCUCAGGUGGAGCGCUUCCAGAGAGAUCUGAAGAGAUACUUAACGCGAAAAAUCGGCUUUGAGGCCGUCAUGAGAAUACGAUGCACCAAAGGAUUGUCCAUCCACACGUUCCACGGAAACUUCUUUGUGCGUUCCACGGAUCUGCUGUCCCUCCCCAACGUCAACCCAGACGCCGGCUUCGCCGUCCAGAUGUCCAUCGAGGAAAACCUGGAUGACAUGCAGGUCGUCUCCUUCCAGGCUGCUCUGCUUUACACCUCCAGCAAAGGAGAGAGGAGGAUUCGGGUUCACACCAUGUGCCUCCCGGUGGUUAGUUCUCUGUCGGAUGUGUUUGCUGGAGCGGACGUUCAGGCCAUCACUGGGCUGCUGGCUUGCAUGGCUGUGGACCGCUCUGCGACGUCCAGCCUGAGCGACGCCAGAGACGCCAUGACCAACGCCGCCAUCGACUCGCUGGCGUCGUACCGGCAGUCUGCGCUGACCGUCCAGCAGCCAGGCCUGCUGGCUCCGGCCUGCCUGCGCCUCUUCCCGCUCUACAUCCUGGCUCUGCUCAAACAGAAAGCCUUCAGAACCGGAACCAGCACCCGGCUGGAUGAGCGCGUGUUCGCCAUGUACCAGCUGAAGUACCAGCCGCUGGCGUUCGCCAUGCUGAUGAUCCACCCGGCGCUGUACCGCCUGGACGACCUGAGCGACGAGGGAGCGCUGAACGUCAGCGAGCGGACGAUCCCCCAGCCCAGAGUCCUGCAGCUGUCGGUGGAGAAGCUCAGCAGGGAGGGAGCGUUCCUCAUGGACGCUGGGCUGGUCAUGUAUCUUUGGAUCGGACGAAACUGCCACCAAAACUUCCUCUCUCAAGUCCUGGGAGUUUCCAGCUACGCUGCCCUGCCAGAGAAGCUGCAUCUCCUUCCAGAGCUGGACACUGCAGAGUCCCAGAGAACCAGAGCGUUCGUCAGCUGGCUCAGGGACCAGCGGCCGUUCUUCCCCUCCCUCCACAUCAUCAGGGACGAGAGCCAGCUGAAGACCCACUUCCUGCAGAACAUGAUCGAAGACCGGACGGAGUCGGCGCUGUCCUACUACGAGUUCCUGCUCCACCUGCAGCAGCAAAUCUCCAAAUAAUCAGCAGCGGGUCGGAGAAAGACGAUCGCCGUGUGUAUGCCUGCGUGUGUGUGUGUGUGUGUUAGGAUGUGUGUGUGUGGGGCAGAAAGAGGCCGCUCUCCACACACCCUCCAGCUGCGAUCCACCAUCACCUCUAGAAAGUCCUGAGUGGAACGUCGGAUCAGAACCUGCCGGGCGGAGGAACCGGACUCUGCCAUCUCUCUGGGCGUCGGCGGCUGGAGUCCAUGUUGAUCAUAAUGGCGUUUAUCGAAUGAAUCAGUGUUUCUUUUCCUCAGAACUGUCGAAGCGAGGCGUCGAUCAGAUGGAGGACCGGCGGUCUCCAGCGUUUCUGUUCAAAAAGCACAUUUUGUCUUCACUAACAAAUCAAACUCGUCUUCUUCAUGUGAGAGAAUCUGCUUUAGGAGGCGGCUGAGCCUCAACGUACCUGAAGGAGAGUGUGUUUCUUUUUCCCUUUUCAAGUCAUUAUAAUUGUUGAACAAAGCAAAGACUCUGAACCUGGAGACGGACGGACCCGGCUGUCUGGGCCCGGCUGUCUGGACCCGGCUGUCUGGGCCCAGUGGCGGGGAAAAGGUCCGGUCGGUCAGAUCUCACCUCCAGAAACUCGUCCGCCAUCUUUUCUCUCUGGACUUUUCAGAACCUCUGAUCUGUUUUUCUUUACUUUCUGACUUCUGUUUAAUUUAUGAGACCCAAUCUGAUUAAAUUCUAUAAUUGCCUUGUAUGGGAACUCACUUUUUAUUAUUAAACCUCUGUUUAAAUACUGACUCUAUAUAUGAAAUAUUUUAAUAUAAUAGGAUUUGGGAAAUCUUUAACACAGGCGUGACGAAGCCAUUCUGAUCUUUUAAUCUGCUUAUUGAUACUUGUAUAUUGAACAGACUGCAUUAUGUAAAGGAGAAGAAAUGCUGAUGAUUUUAGUAUGAAUAAGUUGAAAUGGUUGCUAAGAAAAUAAACAGUUUGGGACUUUUUA